AUGACUUGCCACGUGAAGGGAACUGCAUUUAUCACAGGCGGUGCUUCUGGUAUUGGCAAAGCCACUGCCCUGGCCUUCGCAAAGAAUGGUAUCAACGCAUUGGCACUGGUCGACGUAAACCUGUCUCUUCUCGAGAGCACUCUUCAAGAAAUUCAGUGUCAAUAUCCAGGAGUACAGGCUGUAACCUUCCAGGUUAAUGUCGCAGAUGAGGCGUCUGUCAAUGCUGCCGUUCAAAAGACAGUGGAAAAGUUUGGCAGCAUUGACAUUGGCGUCAACUGCGCGGGAAUCAGCGGUAACCCAACACCCACUCACGAGAUGUCAUUGGCAGAGUGGAACAAGGUUAUUGCAAUCAAUCAGACUGGGUUGUGGCUCUGCCAGAGAGCUCUUAUUCGGCAGAUGUUGACCCAGGAUUCGCGUGGAAUCCGCGAGGGCCGUGGGGUCAUUGUCAAUGUCUCUUCUAUGUUUGGUGUUGGUGGGCCCCCAGGACCAUUUGGUAUUCCGCACUAUACUGCUGCGAAGCACGCGGUCGUUGGAGUGACUAAGAUGGAUGCUAAAGCAUAUUCACCUCAAGGCAUUCGGAUCAAUGCCAUCUGUCCUGGAUUUGUGAACACGCCAAUCAUCAAGGAACAGAUUGAAUCUGGGUCGAUGGACUCCCAGUUCCAAAUGACUCCCAUCGGUCGCCCUGCACAGGUUGAGGAAAUUUCUGAUGUAAUGCUGUUCCUUGCCUCGAACAUGAGCAGCUAUAUGUGUGGAGCGGCAUUAGUAGUCGACGGAGGAUUCACAGUUUGA